UCCAGCUUCAGGUGAAGGAAAAGAAAUCCCAGCUGCUUUAGAGAACAACAGAGAACUAGAGAAUGGAGCUCCAAAGUCACAGAACUCGGAUGCGGAUGAACCUUUACCCGUUUUCACGAACGACUUGAAUGAAGACAUGACGUCAUCUAGCAAUCAAUCACAGACUCACAGACUCUCUUCUUGUGGGACGUCAAAGAAACAAAUGGACAAACGGGAUUCGAUGCCACACAGUUUUCCACCACCCAUUCCGUAUCGCAGACGAAAGAGCAAAUCUAACAAGUCCUCUUGGCUCAGCUCUUUCCGGCGUAACCCGGAAGCAGAAAACCGGCCCCUACCGGAUGUUCCAAAGGACACCACAUCUAUCGGGUCACCUAGCGGUGUAUACAUAACACAUGUAACACCUCCAUCAUCAUCGACCAGGGAGAGGAGUGGACACCAUAAGUCACGGUCGUCGUCAUCGUCAAAGAAGAAAACAAGGCGAAAGAGUGCUAAUGACAUGACGUCAGUAUCACGUGAUCAUUCUCCUAGUAGUUCUGGAUUAAGUGCCGAUCCAUUUGGACCUCCGUUGCCUCCUCGAACGCCAUCAUUGGAGAAGCUGGACAAGGAGAGCUCAAAAAGUGGAAGGCAUGAGAGGAAGCACAGAGACCCUCGCUCCCCUAGGACUAAUGAUCGUUCUGGAGUUCAUGGGGGCGAUGGCGUGGAUGGAACGAAGAAAGGAAAGCACCGAUCAAAGGUUCAUCGAAAUCAUUCAGCUUCUAGUAAACACAAACAUGAAGAGAAGAAGCCGGAGAAAAGGAGGAAGAUGUCUGCUCCUUCCAUCUUAGAACAGACUGUCUCUGGACCAAUUGAAUUAGCUAAUCAUAGCUUUGACGAAGCAACGGAUUAUCUCAUUCCGAACUCCACUCGUGAUGAUUCAACCAAAGAUGGUAACGAUGAAAAUUCAUCUGUGACGUCACCCGUGUCAUCACCCACCGAACUUACAUUUCCAAGCCCCCUUAAACCAUGCAGAAAAUCCAAUCCAUCUAAAUCUACAUCACACAAGCGAGUCCGUCUUCCAGAACGAACAUUCAACUCGCCAGCGGACCUACCGCGUGAUAUGUCAGAACUGACAUGCGGAGAGCUCGGGCAAGCACUAAGUCUGCUCCACAUGAGGGCAGAGACGGUAGAACUAUUUGCCAAGCAUCUUGUAAACGGGGCUCUUCUUGAAAAGAUGGACGCCGACAUCUUGAAGUCUGAGUUUGAAUUAACACAUUUUGAAUUGUUUAAAAUAAGGCAGUUUAUUUCUGGCUGGAGGCCAUAGUAAUCAAGCAAUAUCAUCAUGAUAGUGAAUUCGUGAUCACCGCCAUAUUUUCAAGAUCGUCAUUACUAUCAUCAUCAUUAUUUUCAUCAUCAUUCAUCAUCAUCAUCAUUCAUCAUCAUCAUCUCCAUUGUCGUCGCAAUUGCCUCUCUCAUCUACAUUACAAUCAUCACCAUCAUCAUCAACACCAUCACCAUCAUCUUCUUCUUCAUCAUCAUUUUCUCCUCCUCCUCCUCCAUCAUCAUCAUUACCAUCUACUAUUAUAUAUCAUCAUCAUAAUCAUAAUUAUCAUCUUCUCCAUCAUUAUCAUCACCAUCAUCAUUACCAUCACUCAACUACUCUCAUUAAAAUCAUCAACAUUAUCAUAUCAAUUCAUCAUUACCAUCAUCAUCAUCACCACCAUCACCAUCAUCUUCUUCUUCAUCAUUAUCUCCUCCAUCAUCAUCACCAUCUCUCGAUUAUUAUCAUCGUAAUCAUCAACAUUAUCAUAUCAGCAUUUCAUGAUCAUCAUUAUUAUGAUCACCAUUCACCGUCAUCAACAACAUCAUCUUCAUCUCUAUAAUGUAACUAUGAUUUGAUUUGUUGAAAUGUUGAAAAAUAUUACAGAUGUGAGUUAUCGAAGCAAGUUUACAUUUGCACCUCUAAACACAUUUUUAGAUUACAUGCAUACUCUUUUUUUUUAUUCGUCAUGCAGGUCGUGGCCAAUAAUUCCACAACCCAAGUGGGUUACAUGAAUAAUUGGCUUCAACUUGAUCUAGAACACAAAUUAAUUAUACUGUAUAAAAUAAGCUGAGCGAUGGUAUGAGGAUGUAAACUCAUGCGGCCGCUACAUCAGUGCACAAAAUCAAAGCCAUUAAUAGAGUGUCCGUCCAACCCGGUUUCAAUGGUUUACCAAUUAUGAUUUGUUAGGCAAGCCCUAUCCAAAGAAAUUGCGCCAUGUUGGCAACCCACUGAAACCGGGUUGACCGAUCUCUCUAUAUUAAUGGCUCUGGCACAAAUUUUAUUUUGUUAUGCACACUUAAGCAUAAGCCCCCAGUGAGAAAUAACCAUAACAAGUGGAACGCCUCUGGCAGUCUCGCCUGCAUUACGCAAUUUAAUAUAGCAGCAGUGCUAACUUUGAAAACUACUAUAAAAUAAUCAUUAACAAAAACAUCAUUCAUAUAAUGACAUAAUACCACGUUCAUUGACCAUAAAUGACAUUUGAACAGAGACUUAAGACUGUCAACUACACCCAUGUCCACAUUUCAUUCACUCUAUCCAUAAACUUUCAAAGUUAUGAUGGCACUUCAACAAUUACCCCCAACAUGGCCUAAGUUUAUUGACCUUAACUGACCUUUGACUUGGUUUUGUGACCUGAAACUCACAGGGGAUGUUCAGUGAUGCUUGAUUACACUUAUGUCCAAGUUUUAUGAACUAGAUCCAUAAACUUUCAGAGUUAGGAUGGUAAUUUAACAUAUACCCCCAACACGGCCAAAGUUCAUUGACCUUAAAUGACCAUUGACCAUGGUCAUCAGGUCAUGUGACCUGAAACUCGCACAGGAUAUUCAGUGGUACUUGAUUAACCUAAUGUUUAAGUUUCAUGAACUAAAUCCAUAAAUUUUCAGUUAUGAUGGUAAUUCAACAAAUACCCCCAACUUGGCCAAAGUUCAUUGACCCUAAAUGACCUUUGACCUUGGUCAUGUGACCUGAAACUCAGGCAGGAUGUUCACUAAUACUUGAUUAACCUUAUGUCCAAGUUUCAUGGACUAGAUCCAUAAAUUUUCAAAGUUAUGAUAGUAAUUCAACAAAUACCCCCAACUUGACCAAAGUUCAUUGACCCUAAAUGACCUUUGACCUUGGUCACGUGACCUGAAACUCGAGCAGGAUGUUCACUAAUACUUGAUUAACAUUAUGCCCAAGUUUCAUGAACUAGGUCCAUAUACUUUCUAAGUUAUGAUGUCAUUUCAAAAACUUAACCUUCGGUUAAGAUUUUGAAAAUAAUUUUCCCAACAUGGUCUAAGUUCAUUGACCCUAAAUGACCUUUGACCUUGGUCAUGUGACCUGAAACUCAGGCAGGAUGUUCAGUAAUACUUGAUUAACCUUAUGUCCAAGUUUCAUGAACUAGGUCCAUAUACUUUCUAAGUUAUGAUGUCAUUUCAAAAACUUAACCUUAGGUUAAGAUUUGAUGUUGACGCCGCCGUCGCCGCCGCCGUCGGAAAAGCGGCGCCUAUAGUCUCGCUCUGCUAUGCAGGCGAGACAAAAAGCAUCCAAACCAUAGCAAUUGAUCUAUUGCAUUACUUUGAUAUUUCAAGUGGGUUUUUUUUUAAUGCAGAAAAAUUGUAAACAAAAUCCAUGAUUAAGGAAUACUCAAGUAUUUGUAAAAUUGUCAAUUUUGUGAUUCCAUAUGUCAUAUGUGACCACAUCACCCAUGAUGUACUGUGAUACAACUUU